GAUUACUAUUAUUCUUCUUUUUUUCCAACUCAAGAGUUCGAUGAUAAUCCCAUCGACCCUAAACAAGAAUUCAAUGAGUGGUGGAAGGAAAAUGAAAGAACAUUCCCGAUUUUAUCAAAGAUGGCUAAGCAAGUGCUAGCAAUGCCGAUAUCAACCGUUGCCGUGGAACAAGAAUUUAGUGUGGCCGGCAACGUCCUAACCGAUUAUAGAACGAGGUUGAGCCUGAGCUCACUUGAGACACUAGUUUGCUUUCACGAUUGGUUGAAGGCCCAACGAAGAACUCAAGAAAUUACCAUCACUCCCACCCGCCACUUUAUGGAGGAAACAACCGAAGGCGGAG